UCUCGGCGCUCGCCUGCUCGGGUCUGGCCGGGCCGGCGGCUGUGGCGCCGCGGCGACAGGGGUCCGGCGCGGUCGGCCGGGCCGGCGGGCGGCAUGGAGGGGCCGCGGGCCGGCGCGGCCGGGGACGUGUCCCUGCACAACUUCAGCGCGCGGCUUUGGGAGCAGCUGGUGCACUUCCACGUCAUGCGGCUGACGGACUCGCUCUUCCUGUGGGUGGGGGCCACGCCGCACCUGCGCAACCUCGCCGUGGCCAUGUGCACCCGCUACGACUCCAUUCCCGUGUCCACUUCCCUCCUCGGAGACACUUCUGACACGACCUCCACUGGCCUUGCCCAGCGCUUAGUUCCUAGGAUCAUUCGGCAUACCACGGCGGAGACUGCCCCGUCUCUGGGAAAUGCUGUGCUGGAGCCCGCACUGAUGGAGAGGAAUUCACUGCAGCACUGAGCUCAGAAAGGACUGGACGCAAGCCAGGGGCAUGAGCCGUUUAUCCCCGCUGCUGCCAUGAGGGAACCUGCCACAGAUUCCAGAGGCGUUAGUAGAUACGCAACAUUUAAAAAAUCCGUUACGGCUCUUAAAAGCGUAUUGUUGGGGAUAAGGUGUUCUGUGGCCACUGAGAGAGCAGUGCAGCGCUGGGCUGCAGUAAAGAGGACCCUGUGUUCAGGUGACAGGAGGUAAUGGUCCCACUGUGCCCUGCAUUGCACAGGCCAGACAGGGCUCAGCUGGCUCGUGUCAGCUCUGGGGCCACAUGGAGGGGCCGGGCCGAGGCGGUCUUGUCUCUAGGAAGGAGCAUCGAGCGGUUUGCUCGCCCCAGAGAGCAGACCAGGCCAGCGGGCAGUGGGCACAGAGAUGUGGACUGCAGUUGGCUUAAGGAAGAACCUUCAGAUGGCGCUGCUCAAGAGUUCUGCACCCCCUUUUAGUGAAGUGACCUGUCUCCCACCAGGGGGAUGUGCUCAGGCAGAGAGAGGCUGAGGGGAGGCUCAGCUCCAGGACAUGGGGAGGUGGGCUCCCGGCUCUGCAGGAGCCUGUGUAUCUCUGGGCUGGCUCUGUAGGUGGCUCUAACUCAGAAAAGCCUGUCCCACAAGGGCACAGGAUACAGGGUCGACAUACGUAAGUCAACUGUAUGUCUACAUGCCAGCAACAAACAAGCCGAAAAUAAGAUUAAGAAAAUUCCACCCACAAUAACAUCACAAGAAUAAAAUACUUAGCAAUAAAUAACAAAAGAAAUGCAAGACUUGCAUGCGGAAAACGACAAAACACGGCUGAGAGAAAAAUUAAGAAGAUAAAAAUAAAUGGAGAGACAGUCCAUGUUCAUGGAUUGGAAGAUUCAAUAUUGUUAAGAUGGUAGUUCUUCCUGAACUGAAUAGAUUCAACACAAUCCUUAUCAAAUUCCCAGAUGAGGACCUUUUUUUUUCCUGUAGAAAAUGAUAAGCUGAUCCCAAGAUUUAUAUGGAAAUGCAAAGGACCCAGAUUAGCCAAAACAAUUUUGAAGCAUAACAAAAUUUGAAGACUCACCCUCCCAACUUAAAACUUCCUAUAAAGCUACGGUAAUUAAGACAGUGUGGGAUUAGUGCACGGGUGGAUCAAUGGAACAGAACUGAGAGCUCGGAAGGAAACCUUUACAUUCAUGGUCAACUGAUUGUUGACAAAGGCAGAUUCAGUGGGGGAAGGGCAGUCUUUUCAGCAAGUGCUGCUGGAUAUGCAGAUGCAAAAGAAUGAAGCUGGACCUUCACUUCACAGCAAAUACAAAACUGAACAAAAAACGGAUCACAGACCAAAAUGUAAAAGCUAAAAAUAUAUAAUUUCUAGAAGAAAAUAUAAGGGAAAAUCUUUGUGACCUUAGGUUAGGUUAUGACA